GACAGGGAGGUGCAGAUAUAAGAGCGGCGGCUGCUCCGCGGUCUUAAACCCGAGAUGGGAGUUCAAGGCCUGACGACGCUGGUGGAGAACCACCGGAGGAUCUACCGGGACGUGCAGUUCAGGCAGAGCCGGCUGCUGAUCGACGGCAACAACCUCAUGUACCUGCUGUACUUCGACUCAGGUCUGGACCAGAAUUUUGGCGGGGAGUAUGCUGCGUGUGAGGUCCUGAUUGAGAAGUUCGUUAAAGCCCUCAGAGACUGCCGGGUCGAGCCGUUCGUGGUGCUGGACGGCGGCUAUGACACCAGCAACAAGAAGCUCGAGACUGUCAGGAUAAGAACCAAAGAACGGAUCAAGAAAGCAAAUCAAGCGGCGGAGGGUGGCAGGCGGGAGGGCAUCCUGCCACUGCUGGUGAAGCUGGUGUUCCAACAGACGCUGGCCAGGCUGGAGGUGGCGGUGGCUCAGUGCUACGGAGAGGCCGACCAAGAGAUUGCCGCCCUGGCCCGGGAAUGGGAGUGCCCGGUGCUUUCCAGAGACAGCGACUUCUACAUCUUCGACCUUCCGGGGGGGCUGCUUCCCAUCUCGCACUUCCAGUGGGAGGCGGUGGUGCACAGCGGCUCCAAGAGCUACAUCCCCUGCAAGAAGUACAAAAACUCCAGCUUCUGCGUGUUCUUCGACAUCCAGCCGCAGCUUCUGCCCUCCUUCGCCGCCCUCGCCGGUAAUGACUACGUGAAUCUGCGCAGGAUGGACGUGUCCAUCAGGUGGAGUCAGUUCGACCGGGACAACAGCGGGGUGAGAAGCUGCCUGAAGGGGCUGCUCUGCUGGCUGAAGGACUUCCACCAGACUCAGGAGGCCUUUGAGGCGGCGCUGGGGCUGAUGGGAAAUCUGAGCAAGGAGAAGAAGGUGGAGGUGAUGGAGGCUUUGUAUCUGGGCAUUGAGGAGUACCAGCUUCCUCCCAGCUGCCUGAAGAAGUUCUUCAUCCACGGGACGCCACCUCCACGCCCCGCACUGAAAAAAGUGGCGGCUCGUGUCCCAGACUGGGUGCUGCUGCCGCUGACGCAGGCCCGGCUGACUCCGGAUGUCCUGGACGUGCUGCAGAUCGGGGAGAUGAGCCUCGGCUACGCGGUGGACCUCGCCACCAUGCCCAGCGCUAACCUGACCUCCAGGCCGCUCCGCCAGGUGAUGUACGGGCUGCUGCUGGGCGGAGGGAGGCAGGUGACGGAGGGAGACAGAGAGGGUCUGCAGAUGAAGUUCACUGCAGUGAAAGCGCCCUCCACCUGCAGCCGCCUGCAGCUCAGCUCUCUGCCCCAGGCGGAGCCCUCUCUGCGUCUGCAGGUGUUCCUGGAGGCUCUGGGGGUCAGUGAGGCCUCUCUGGACCCCCUGCCCCCCCCGCUGCGCCUCCCGGUGGCCGCCACCUGCUUCUGGCUGAGAGAGCCUCGCCCUCCUCCAGAGGAGGCGCUGCUGAAGGCUCUGCUGCUGGGACUGAGCAGCGGGGACACGCUGACACACACAGCAGCUCUGCAGAUUGAAGACCACCAGAGUCAGAAGAGGGACGCAGUCGUGUCUCACGCCAUCAACCAGUGGCAGGUCUGCCUGAAGGACAGCAUCCAUCUGAACCAGCUGCUGGGCCGCCCCCUACCUGAACCACAGGUGGCCAGGUUGUACGGGGGCACGUUGGUGCACCAGCUGGUCCACAGAGUCAAGUCUAGAGGGAAACUGAGGCUCCUCCCCAAGAACGACCCCUGCAGUGUGAGACGGUACCAAACCAUGCAGGCCGUGGUCCACCAAUACCCCUCUCCGCAGACCCAGACGAGACCUCUGGCCGACCUGACCGCCAACCUGCAGCAGCUGAUCCUCCAGGAGGACGAGGAGGAGGCGGCCUGCAGCCGGGUGCAGGAGGAACUGCGCCUCGGCGACUUAGUGUCGUUGAAAACUCGGUACAGAGCUAAAGAGAGACAGAACCGCUGCAGGCAACCAGAACUGGCCCGCAACAAGGAGUUGCAGGGGCCGCGCCCCUCUCUGACCUGCACGCUGCACCUCACCCGGGGGGGGGGGGGGCGGGUCUGGCACCUACGUUCAGUACGUUCAGUAACUGGAUGUUACAAGUUAAGUUGAUUGUUGAGUUAUAUUUGAAUGUUCUAACAACUUAACCUCCACUUCUGGUUUUUAACCUUUGCUUUGUGUUUUUAUACAGAAACUUCUUCCUGUUUCCAUUUUAACUUUGUUCAGUUUUUAUUACAUUUAUUUUAUUUGCACACCGAGAUAAGAAAGGAAACUUUUAUGGUGGUU